GAAGAAAGUUUGCCACAGUCUUUACUCAACUUUACAACCUGAGCUGAGGUGACCUGCUCCUGAAACCUUCAACUCUUCUACUUCUGAUCAGUUCCAAGUGACUCAAAGAAGACCUCAACAUGGUGUCAAUGGGAAGACAGAUGCUGGGCUUUGCCCUGGCAAUCAUCGGUUUCCUGGGGACCAUCAUUGUGUGUGCCCUGCCAAUGUGGAAGGUCACAGCCUUCAUUGGAGCAAAUAUUGUGACAGCGCAGGUCAUCUGGGAAGGUUUGUGGAUGAACUGUGUGACGCAGAGCACAGGCCAGAUGCAGUGCAAGAUCUAUGAUUCUCUGCUGGCUCUACCCCAGGACCUUCAGUCUGCCAGAGCUCUUGUGGUCAUUGCCAUCAUCGUUGCUGUCUUUGGGGUCAUCCUGGGCAUUGCAGGAGGCAAGUGCACCAACUUUGUGGAGGAUCCAACUUCCAAAGCAAAGGUGGCCAUCGCUGCUGGAAUUAUCUUCAUUUGUGCCGGUGUUCUCAUCCUCAUCCCCGUCUGCUGGUCCGCCAACACCAUCAUCAGGGAUUUCUACAACCCCAUCAUGACCAAUGCCCAGAGGAGAGAGCUGGGAACGAUGGCCUCCAUGGGGAUGCAGAUGGCUGGCUGUGCCAUGGGCCUUUUUGGGUGGAUUGGGGUGAUCAUUGUCUGCGGCGCACCCAUGUGGCGGGUCACUGCCUUUAUUGGCAACAACAUAGUGACAUCCCAGAUCAUGUGGGAGGGCAUCUGGAUGAGCUGCGUGGUCCAGAGUACAGGCCAGAUGCAGUGUAAGGUGUAUGACUCCAUGCUGGCUCUGGGCACUGACCUCCAGGGGGCCCGGGCUCUGGUUGUGGUUUCCAUCGUCACAGGCAUCGCGGGACUCCUCAUCGCUUUUGCUGGUGGAAAGUGCACCAACUUCAUUCCUGAGGAGAGGGCCAAGGCUAGGGCAUCAGUGGCAGCAGGUGUGAUCCUGAUCAUCAGUGGAAUCCUGUGCCUCAUCCCCGUUUCCUGGACUGCCAGUGUUAUCAUAAGGGACUUCUACAACCCGGUGCUAGUAGACGCCCAGAAAAGAGAGCUCGGGGCCUCUCUCUACAUCGGCUGGGGGGCUAGCGCACUGCUGCUCUUGGGAGGAGGGCUUCUGUGUGCCAGCUGCCCCCCCAAAGAGGAUGAGACCCCUUCUGUGAGGUACCUCAUAAACAAGUCUGGAGGAAAUAGCAAAGUGGAUUCAGUCAACUCUUUUACAUCACCAAAGACGUAUAUUUGAGAUUUCUAAAGGGACAAAGAGAAGUCUGGUCGAUGGCUGUUUGCUUGAAGUUUGGAAUUUAAUUAGCUGCUGUGAAAUAUCAAGACAAAGGACAUACGCACAGGCAACCCACAAUGAAGGAAAUAUGAACUUUGUCCUUGUAAGAGAAUCACACUUUCGAUGUAUGAAGAUGCUCUGUCUGAAAUUUCUUUGAAUAUUUCUUGGUAUUAAUGUGUAUGUGGGGGUGGUUUAAAUUAUAGAAACUCUGUGUUACAUGUUUGGGAAAGUUGUUGGUUUCAGCUGAAAAACUAAAACAUUUUGUAAUUGCACUGCACAUAUUUUUGCUCUUUGAUAUUUGUGAUCCUAUUUUUUCCACAAUAAAUUACUUUUCUAUAA